CGUGAACACGUGAAGGGAUUCGCGGAAUACGUCACGCGAGAACUCGCGAAAUCGUGUUCAAAUUAUUUUGCUGAGCACAAGUUUUGACCCGCCAUGUUUUUGCUGCAAAACAGAUGAAAAUAGACGUCCGAAAUUAUCCCUAAAAUCAACGGAAUCGAGAUAAAACAGGCGAGUUUUUCUGUUGCUAUUUUUAUACGACAACCUAGUAAAUUGCUUUGAAAUAUGUCGGGUAUUGUCAAUUUAUAAAUACCGCAGUACAAUUUACAAAUUUAACUGUAGUACUUCUGUAAAAUAAACAAUAGUUUUAGGGGUAUAUUUGGCGCUGGGCCUACGGGUAUUUUUAUAAUAUUAUAAUUGUGUAGAGUCACAUGUUUGCAGGAGGAACAAAAGCUUUGUCAAUAAAUUAUGAGCCAUGACUGGCUUCGGAUGCAAAAUAUACUUUAUACUUGCAUGCAACAUGGUUAUCUAAGCUGGUUCAUCGGUGCGGAAGACGGCCAAACAAGACCAGGAAAUUCACGUUUAUUGAUUGCUCUAGGAGUUUCAUCUUGAAAGAGCAAGUUUAAAAGCAACAAGACUUUCUGGGGAAUUCAAACGGAUGCAAUAAAGUAGAGUUUCUGGGGAAAAUUUUCAACGGUAAGUGCUGUAAAUAUGUCACAAAACCUUGGAAGCGUGUCCACGCUGAAAUGCUCGUCGCUCGAGCUAUUUGCUAGCAUUUUGCCACUCCAUUUUGCAAUAUUGUAGCAAGAAUUCGAGCAAACGUUGCAUAAUUUUAUACUCCCUUUUCAAAUUUUGUGUUGUAUUGCGGUUUCAACUCAUAUACGUUGAAUGUUUGUGGCCUCAAAGUCAUUCUUGCUAGCCCGCGAAUACGCCAUUGUGAAUUUUCAUAAAUAUGCAUUGUUAUAGGCCGUACACGUUCCAAAUAACAUCCUACUAUAAAGAAAUUAUCUAAACCUUUUAGUUUAGUAUAUAUGGUUUAUUUUAAAUUGCUUUUAUGUGAAAAGUACUUAAUUUUAACAUUAGUUCAAGGGUUUUGAAGCGUAUAUAUUUGCCAUUCGAAGUAUAUAUAAAUACGAAAAUACACAAGCGACUAAACCUCACACAACGUAUUUUCAAUGUAUAAAUAUAUAUAUUUGUUUCCGAACAAAAGCCAGGGGAAGUUUAAACGACCUAGUUUACUUUAGAAGCCGCCAACUUUGGACGUUUAAAUAUACAUGCUAUCUGUAUAAACAACAACUUGAAAUCGCUCGAGAUAAACUUGUGUAUAAAGUCAUAAAUUCUCGCCAAAACCGCGAUACCGUGGACGAUUUCGUUGCGAACUUGCACAAAAUUUGCUCCUGUUUGCAUUUAAAACACGAUUUGACAUGGCUACAGUAUUUUAUGACGAUUUCCGGAUAAACCUAGAAUUGGCUCCCGAAAAUAUUUAGUCAUCGUAAAUUCGACAGAAUUUCUUUUCAUCUGUAUAAUCUCGAAAGAAAGUCCAAUUCGGUGUUUCUACUAUAUUUGCAAAUUUUCAAAGUUCGUCUGUUAAAUUUUAGUCUGCAUUUCCGUGCAAAUGUUUUGAUUUGUUACAAGUUUAAAAUAUGGGCGGUCUAUACUCAAACUGUCCUCACAUUUCAUUACAGAACAUUAUACGUAUGUUCUAUUCCCUUAAAUUUGCUAACAUUGUAAAAAUGGGCGUAUUUCUGCUGAUGCUAAACAUUACCUGAAUAUUAAAAUCCCUUCUAAUUUGAACUGUUCAUGUUGCAAGCAUUGCAGUGUACCUUUGUUAUUUUGCUCUAAUGGCAGACAGUUUUAUUUUGUUAAGUAAAAUUGGUCAAAUUUUUGCAUUAGAUGUAGGCAUAUUUGGCUAACCCACUAAGGCACCCUAAUGCAUCUUGGCUAACGCCAGACAAUUUUACAUUGUCAAGGGAAGACUCCAUGGGUUAAUCUGCCCAUGUGUCUAGUUAACCCAUUAACUUGUGUUGCACCCUACUUUAUUAUGUUACUCUGUUUAAAGCCACACAAUCUUACUGUCAAACGCCAGACGAUCUUACUCGUCAAGGGGAGAGCUCUACGCUAACCAUUAAGCCCAGGUCACACCACACAACAAUAACGAUACAAUAACUUAUAUACGCAUGCUGAUUGGUAAAAAAAUUAUUGUUAUCGUCCGAUUUUAAAAUCGUUGUCGUCCAACGAUAAUUUUAUCAUUUUCGUUGUAGUGUGGACACUAACACAUUUUUUUUGCCAAUUAUCGCGUGUUUACAAUUUAUCGUAUCGUUGUGUAGUGUGACCGGGCCUUAAGGUUGUUCCAGAAAACAUCCUCCCUGCCCCCAACGAGGAAAUUUCUGCCAUCCGGGGGGGGGGGGGUUGUUUCUGAUAAUAGUAAGUGUAUUAGGAAAUCCAAAGGGAGUAAUGGGUCGGUCCAGAAAAGAUCCAUCAUUAUAGACAAAUUCAUUGCACAAACCCAAGUGGGUGAGAAUUUGUCUCGAACAAACAUAAACUCCCCCCACGGGGGAAAUUUGAGGGGGAGGGGAGAAAAAAUUGUUUCUGAUAAUAGUAAAUGUAUUAGGACAUCCGAAAGGGGCAGGGGGGUUAACUUCCUAUUUCCUCCAUGGGGGUGGUAUGGAUGUUUUCUGGAAUGACCCAAUACACCCUGAUGCACCCUAUUUUAUUAUCUUACUUUGUCUAAUGCCAAACAAUUUUACUCAUCAAAGGAAGAGUGCUGUCAAUGGGUUAUUUUCCAAUUUCCUCUGUUGGAAGGUAUGGAUGUUUUCUGGGUUGGCCCACUGAAGUAAAUGCUACAUUUCAUUUUCUCACAGGCAACUCUUAUAUGAGCAAGGGAUGAAAGUUUCACCUACACAGUGGCAAUGUAAUUUAAAAGGUACAACUAAAAAACUAAAAUCAUGAAUGAGCUUAACAGCUGAUUUCACAUAACUUUUCCCUCAAUGUUGCGAACUUCGUUCCGAACUUUGUUGUGAAGUUCAAAAUUUCAUAAUGAUAUUCACAAACCGUUUGUAAACAAAGCCUCUGAUUGGUCCCUGAACAAAAAUAAGCCAAUCACAGGCUUUGUUUACUAACCGGCUUGUGAAUUUCAGCGUGAACUUUUGAACUUCACAACAAAGUUUGGAACGAAGUUUGCAACAUUCAGGGAAAAGUUAUGUGAAAUCAACUGUAACAGCUGUUGGUGCCUGUAUUGUUUUAGAUUUAUAAAACCAUUUAUUUUGCAUACCUUUAUCCUUUUCAGAGAAGUACUGCAAUUGACAAGAAACAUUGAAAGCAAAAUGGAAUCACCUGUAAGUUCCUAUACGAUUGUCCAUUAUGCUUUUUGCACUAGCUUGAGCUUUUAUUGGUUUGAAUUAUAGACCCAUUGCACAUGACGUCACAGCGCCGGUGACGAUGCAUCUGGAGGACAAAUUAGCAAUCUAUGAGUAAUAUAACUUUUGUAAACAAAGCAAAUUUUGUAAAAGUUUAUAAUAAUUUUGUAUUAGAAUGGUUAAUGUAUGUGCUGUAUAUGGUUGUUGUACCCGAACAGAUAGUGUUAGGGAGCAUCUGGAGGACACUCUAAGGAUUUGUGACGUCAGUGCAAUGGGUCUAUACCUCAGAUUUUGCUGAAAUUGAACCCCUGUGACCACUUUUUCAUCAGGAUGAGAGUCGGAUGGGAGUUGCAACUCUUGCUCGCAUUGGAAUGUCAACUCUUAUCCAGUGCUGGAAAAUGUCUGGCAGGGAAUUUGCAGCUACAGACUAAAUUUUGACCUAGGCAAGAAGAACGAAAUCCAACACCACAGCUAGAAAGAGCAUCUUAGAAUGAUUAAAACUGCAAAGUGUGGUUGCAAAAUGUUGUAAAAUGAAGAACAUAUAGCCCUGUGAAGUUCACAACUUUUGUAUAUAUUUGCAUUACACGCUAAUAACCACUUUCAGCUCAAAAAUGGUUAUUUUUCCCACGUGUAAUGCAAAUAUAUACAAAAUUUGCGAACUUCACAGGGCUAUAUUUUCCUCAUUUUACAACAUUUUGCAACAAACUUUGCAAUUUUUACUCAUUUUAAGUUGCCCUUUCCAGCUAUGGUAAUGGUUUCAUUCUUCUAGUCUAGAUCAAAUUUUUGUCUAUAGCAUCGUCUAUUAACAAAAAAUUUUCCCGGAAAUUUUCUUACAUCUGGUAGGGAAUUCUUGUUAUCUUUAUAUAUGUACAGUACUGGAAUACCAUAUAAUUCCUUUAUUGUUUAAAAAUUCCAAAAGCAUUUUGCAAGUCGAGAAUGUCUUGUGCCAAGAUUGACUUUUAAAGGCAACACUAAGACUUACACUAAGCAACUGUCUCGGAACUUGUCUCGCAAUGUUAACAAAAAAGAUUUCAGGAUUGCUGCGAGGAAUGUUACUGUACACUAAGCAAUAUGUUCCAUGCAACUUCAGGCCUCGAAUUUGAGAAAAAUAAAGGCAGGGCCAGUUUGUCCUUGAAUGUUACAAAGUUUUUCAGGGCAUCAAGGCCAGUACACAGGGCAUCAAGAUUCAAGGCCAGUUUGAAAAUUUUAUUCAGUUGCUAUCUUGAUGUUUGAAAUAACGUUUGAGUUUUCAUGAGACAAGAAAAUAUACAGAACAGCAACAAUAUUCAAAAAAAUGCCAAACAAAACUAUGGAUAUUUUAAUGCAUGAUUCAACAGACAGACUGAUGGAAAGGUGCAUUUAAAUACUAUGUUAAAUUUAUUGCCAAUUUUACAAAUCAUACACUUGGUAUUCUAAAACCUAAGUACUGUAGUCUGGGGUUGAGGGCAGGCCACUACUGGCAGUGGAUUUCAGUAUAUUUCGAGGGCAUAGCGGCCAACAAGCAGGGCAUCGAUGGCCAGUGGCUGCCGCUAAAUUUGAGGCUUGCAACUUGCAAUGAUAAUUAUUAAAAAUAGUGUAAAAGCUGCUAACAUCUGGUGCCAUAUUGUCAGUCAAAAGCCAAUAGAAAGCCAUUCGGUGUAUAAACAUUGCAAGACUAGUUGCAAGAGGGAUGUUACAUUGUGCAAUGCUCUAAAAAUGCAUUGCAGCCGCAAUCAUUGCAAAAAGUAGAACCUGAUUCUACUUUGUGCAAUGGUUGUUGCAACAAAAAUAUUGCAAGACUUGUUGAUUGUGAGGCACGAUACACCUUGCAAUUUUGCGUGCAAUUUGUGUCGCAACAAAAUUGUGAGAGAAGUUUUGCAUAGUGAAACGGCACCUUUACGCACAAAAUUUUUAUUUUUGGAUUUGCACAUUUUGCAAAGUGGUUCAAAUUUUGAUGAGAAUUUUUGCUACAGGUGCAGAAAUAUUCAGUCAACUCUCAUCAAAUUGCAUUGCACCCUAAUGCACCCUACUUUAUUAUUUUACUCAGUGCUGCUGCUCAAUGAGUUUUACAUUUGUGUUUCAGAAUACUAGCAGCCCAGGAGGUCAGCACGGUAUGAUCUCACCAGGCAGUGAUGAACCGAGUCUUAUUCAAUAUCGUUCAAAACGACGUUGUGUCAUGGAACGAGAGAAGAAAAAGAAGAAGGAAUGGUGGGAGGAAGAGGAUGUUUUGUCUGAAGAAGAGGAUUUUGCAGAUAUAGGUGAGUAAUGAGGGAUAUAGGUGGGGGUAUAGUUGAGCACUUAGGGCUAUACAUGAGGGUAUACAUUGGGGGUAUAUGUGAGCAUGUGGGUAUAUUGUGGCAGAGGUAAUGAGGAAUUCAAAGGCAAUCUUAACAAUUGAAUAUUCUUAUGCCAGAUUGAAUAUUUUUUCUGUGGGUUUUUUCCCAGGGUGCAUUCUGUGCACAAAAGUGCGAAGAUAUCCGGCGUGAGUUUGACAAAUUACAAUACUAUCUAUAGUUAAUGUUGCAUUAUGUUGGCGUAUCUCCGGCGUAGAGUUUACAUGGAAUGCACCCUGGCAAAAAACUGUGUGAAAGAUACUUUCACAGAAAAUUUAUGGCAGACAGAAACAAAGUGUUUUUGUCAAAUACGAAGAUCAGAAAUCUGCUUGGUUCUUGGUUCACAAAGUCAUUUUGUGCAGAUUUGUCAGAAAUUAUUUGCAGUUUUUUACAAUCUGAAAAAUUUUGUGCAGAUUUCCAUAAUUGCAAAUAAUUUUGGAAAUGAAUUUCCUCCAAAGCCAAAACAGCCAAGCUACAUGUUAUAAUUUGACUGCAAUAUUGUCCUACUGUAGCUCACAACAAAGCAUCAUUUGGAUGCAUUAAAUUAACCCAUUAAGCUGCGGAACUUCCCCAUUGACGAGUAAAAUCGUCUGGCAUUAGACAAGUAAAAAAAAUAAGUAGGGUGCACUGCAGGUCAAUGGGUUAAGCUACAAGUCUCAACUGACUUAUUUUUCAUUUGAUAUAAUCCUUCUCUUGCAGAUUCAGAUGGUUCCGAUGGUCCUAAAAGACCAAAACAACGUAAGAAAACUAUCUUACCUGCGGCAUUGCUGCACCCUCCCAAUCGUGUAUUCAUGUUUUCAACUGAGCUAGCAAACCGUGCUGCGGAAGCCGUAAUACAAGGCAGAGUACCGUCGAUUGUCGCCUACCAUAUGGCUCAGCCGCAGAACCAACACUAUCUACGAUUGCAAAGAAACACUCCGGAAUUCAUGAUGAAUCGUUCAGGCGGCAAUCCGUAUCGCUAUGGCAAUUUCCCUGGACACAUGCAGAACGUGGAAGCGACGUUCCCGGGGGGUCGUCCAGGCAUGCAGCCUAUGGGUAUGGGCCCGAGAUUCAAUACUAUGCAGCAACAAUACCAACAAUAUUUGAAACAGCAUCAGCAGCAAAUGGAACCCAGGAAUACGAUGGGUGUGGAUGAACUACAGCAAAUGUUAUUUGGUCCUGCCAAUGGAACCAAAGGCGUGUUCCCCCCUGUCGGGAUGCCACGUGGUAUGGACGAUCAGGGGGGAGUGAGGCCAUCGUUUGGUGGGUAUCCUGGUCACAUUCCCCCUGGGUUUGGGCAACAGCAGAUGAUGAACAUCCACCAGGAGCGGUUUAGGUUUCCACAGCAGCAAAAUUUUCCACCACAACAACAACAGUUGCAGCAACAAGCUAACGUUCAAGGGCAACUGCAAGCUGAUCAAAUGGCGCAACGAAUGGUGCAACAAGACGAGCAGAAAGCUCAACAACAACCUGAGGAACAACAAGUAACAACACCCGACCAGCAAUCUGAAGUUCAACAAGAUCAGGAAACAACGUUGCCACCAUCCUCAGAACCGCCACCAUCGCAGGCACCCUCAAUCCAACAGGCACUCGCACCCCAACAGGCAGCACCUCAAUUACCAGUUCUAUCCCCCGGAUCAAGCCUCUCCUCAUCAUCGCCACUCGGUUCAAGCAUUCGUAGCCCACCUCCCUACCCUGCCACUCGCCCCUCAGAACUAAACACCCUUCCCGGUGCAAGUUCUGUAGGCGCACCUUCACCGACAAACACAAAUUCACCACAAACUCCCCACGCCCCCCUCACCCCUCGACUACCAACCUCUCUCGCCUCGCCAAAAGAUGGACAGCGGUCACCGUUUUCUCCAGGCGUUCCAACUUCAGGGUACAUUGUACAACAGAACAUCCGAGAUCCGGGCGUGAAACUAGCCCGGCAGUCGCCAAACCCUGACAAACAUGAUUUACAGGUCGAUAAGGGUAUCCCAUCGGGUUACAGUAUGCCAGGUGAUUCAAGGAUACCCGGUUAUGCUGGACAUACUGCACAAGACUUGUUACCACAACGGCCGAACUCGUUGAACCUUGCACGUAAUGUAGCCCCUCCAGGCCCCCCGCCCAACAAAAGCCCGUUCCUGGGGGCAGUGAGCUCACCCAUGAGGAUGCAGGGCAACCCCAGUUCAAUGGGCGAUACAAGUUCAUCGCAUCCGUCCAAGUUUUCCGUGGAGAGUUUAACCGCAUCUAACUUGAAAGGUGAGCGCUUCUAUCAUCCGCGCCUGUCCAUGCAGGCGGCAAACCCUUACGCAGCGUACGCACAGCAACCUGGACUCUAUUAUGCUGGAAAUAAGUUCCUGCCGGGCAUGCUUGGCCAAGGACAAUAUCAGUUUCCACAUCAUGUGCAAACGGCACCACAACAAUUUUUCCCCUCGAAUAUGCCGCCCCAAAUGUACCCUCCGCACAGCUCAUUUCCAAUCCACCACGCCGGAAAUCGUGAAGGUGGGAUGUAGAACAUAGGCUUGGUCAUUAUAGCUUAAUAUCCAAGAUAUCAAGGGUAUUGUGGAGUAGUCAUGGAUAAAUAGUGUCAUCUUUGGGUAGCAAUGUGUACAUAGGAUCAUCUGGGUAUAUCUUGGAAAGGAAUACACAUUAGUGGUGGAUAAUGGUAUUCUUUAUUAAUUUGGAUAUUGAACGAUAUUCAUUGAUAAAUGAGGAUGUAUAUUGAUAAACUUGGAUAUCUAUUGAUACGCAAAUGUAUCUCUUGGAAAAGAGGAUCAAUAUUGGCAAAUAUGAGAAUCCUAUGAUAAAAGAGGACAUGUUUUGAUAAACAAGGAUAUUUCUUGAAGGAAGUACACAGAAGGUAUUCGAGGAAAUUGAAGGAUAUUUCUGAUAAAUGUGGAUAAAAACGGGUACAAAGGUACAUAGAAGGUAUUUAUCCAAGGAUGCAUUUCACAUUGAUCCCAAGGUUCCGAGUAUUUAUUGGACAAACGAAGGUAGUAGACUAGUCUUUGUUAUUAGUAUACAUAGUUUUCCACGGAGGAAAACGGGGAUUUAGUGCAGUUGGUUUGGAUUGCUCUAAGAACUAUGCAGUCAAAGGUGGACUAUUCGAUAUCCCGGGGGUGGGGGGUGGGGGAUUAAAAAACAUCCAUGUAAAAACUGGAAUUUGAAAAACAACUUCUUGCAGGCAUUUAGGGAAAUUCCUGCAACUUACAUGAAGUAUACAAAAAUAUAUAGAAUACAAAAGUUCAACAAUGCUCAGAACGUUAAAAAAAAUUGAAAGGAAAAUUCCCCCCCCCCCCAGGAUAUGUAAUGGUUCACCUCUUAACUCGAUGUAUUUGAACUACUAUUUCAGUUAAAUACAUUGGGCUUACUUAGCGCUUAUUAGCUUAUAUUACUUUUUAUACUGUUUAUAUAAGCCGUUAUAUCUCCGAUACAUGGCAAGCGUCCACGUGGACUUUGGCCUGGCAAACAGUACGCUUUUAUGUUUACAAUUCGGAGUGAUUUAGAAAUUAAUAACGAAACCUUUUCAAGAAAGAUCAUUUUUUGUCCGAACAAAACGAUUCACGUAACACAAUAUUCAAUAGACAAACCAGUCUGUUAUACAAGUGCGAAAACCGACUGUUUUACCAGCAACUUUUUGCAUGCUCAAAAAGGGUGUUAGCUACAGUCAAAAAUUCGGCGUUAUACGCUGUUUUCACAAUUACUUUUAGCCAGCAAUUUCACAAUUUCGAUCAGCCACAAACGUAACUAUUAUGUAUAUUAUGUAAAAGAUUGUUCAACUUCAAAACUUUGCUCAAAAACGAUUAGGUACCAGAUAAGUGUUGCGAGGAUGUAGCCUAAAAUGUAUAUUUGUCUGUUUUUAGUACGCAAAACAAUGUCAGAUGACUUCAAAAGCACUUCAAAACUUUCAAUUUAGCUCAGCUGGCGCUAGGCUACGAGAAAUUCUCGCAGGCUAACUGAAAUUCCAAAUUUCAUUAAAUUGCCGAAUUUUUUAAUCUUGUGCAGGGCCAUACGCACGAUUUUUUCACAGGGGGGGGCAGUAAGGCCUAUAUGCCGAAAAAAGUCCCAAAUAUCCAAAGAAUAAUCAAUAAUGACAUUGUAAAAAUCGUAAAUAUAGUUUUCUCCAGGGGGGCAGUUGCCCCCCCCCCUGCCCCCACGCUGUGUACGGCCCUGAUCUUGUGCCUAACACCCUGUCAAAUUACGAUCGAACAGUUGAAUAUUUUGAUAUGCAUAUUCUAAUUCUUCCAGUCACCGCGACAAGUCUUAGUUCAACUGCAACUGAUUUAUCCCGAAACAGACCGCGUCAUUUUGAUGCGCAAUCCUCUGAAUAUCCUAUUCCAGCUGCAGACAAACUUUUGACCUAGACAAGAAGAACGAACCAUUACCAUAGCUGGAAAGAGCAUCUUAAAAGGAGUAAAAUUGCAAAGUUUAGUGGCGAAUUGUUGUAAAAUGAGGAAAAUAUAGCCCUGUGAAAUUCGCAAAUUUUCUACGUAUUUGCAUUACGCGCGGAAAGUGGGAGUAUUUUUACCGCGCCUAAAGGUGGAGUAAUACCAGCAACAAAAUUGCUGCAACUUGCAACAAAAUCUGAUUUCAACGCAUGUUAAUUGAAAAUGUUCACACACACAUUACAAAUCAGGAGGCAACAUGUGUCAACAUUUCUACUUAACAUGCGUUGAAAUCAGAUUUUGUUGCAAGUUGCAGCAAUUUUGUUGCUCGUAUUACUCCAGCUUAAAUACAAAUAUAUACAAAAUUUGCGAACUUCACAGGGCUAUAUUUUCUUCAUUUUACAACAUUUUGCAAUUAAAUCGUACUUUGCAGUUUUACUCAUUCUAAGACGCUCGUACGAGCUGUGGUGUUUGAUUUCGUUCUACUUGCCUUGAUCAAAUCUUAUAAUCGCUGAUUCUGCUUUAUACUUGCCCAAGAGCUUUUUCCUUAUUAUCGUGGUACAGUUUGACUGUUGUAAUGAUUAGUUAGAUCUUCAAUACUUUGUUUCAAAUGUUAAUAACAUAUUCAUUCAUUCGCAGUUUUACAAUUUGUUAUAUAAUGUAAAUUUUCCAACCAGCUUCUAAAUAGACUUUGAUUAUCUUCAGCUGUAAUAAUAUUUUAAAACAACUGGAAAAUCUGCAAUAUUUUUUAGGAAUAUUGUGUGUUUGUGUUGUCGAUUUAAUCAUGCAGGGUUUAUUUUCACGUGCUGGGGUUAGUUGUUUAAAGCUGGGUUAGCCUAACCCUGGGUGAAAUUCAAACUUCCCAACAAAUCUUUGCUAAAACCUGAGAGCUUUAGAUUCAAACUCUUUGGGGGAAUACCCCCUAGUUCCCCCACCCAAAAUUGACUUUUCAAAGUUGUAACUGUAAAUUUACCUUUCUACACACAACAGCAAUUGUAAAAGGUCUCAUUUCUUGGUUAUGACUAAAUUCAAAAUUUUUAUUUUUCGAUACGUUUUUCAAUCGGC